UUCGCCAUUUUCUCUGCUACCCGGCCUUAAAAGCAAGAUUAAAAAUAACUAACAUAGUGUUGUUUGUAAGCAUACAUACUUAUCGUUGACCUUUGCUUGAAUUACAGAUUGAUCAAUCGUCCUUCAAGCACUUAUCGGCUGGCUUACUACGCCUCACAAAACUGUCGGGACCCUCCGAAGGAUCCUAGAGUAAAAGUUUUCAAAUUCACCAAAAAUGAUACGGGAGCAUUAGGCGAUGACACGUCUUUCAACUUGAUAAACGAAGCAUCAGUACAAGACUUGAAUUCCCGUGUGGGAGAAUUGGAAAUCACCCCGCGUCAGUUCAGGCCAAACUUCGUGCUCUCCGGGGCGAAGCCCUACGACGAGGACAACUGGAAGUUCGUCAAGAUUGGCGAAAACGUAUUCGAAAUAGUUAUGCCAUGCACAAGAUGCGCCAUUACUACCAUGGACCCUGAAACUGGAGCGCGUCACCCCGAUAGUGAGCCGUUGAAAACUUUGAGAAGCUAUCGUUUAAUGGAAGGAGAGAAGAUGCGAAAGGUGAUGGGCACUUCUCCGCGUAUGGGCUUGCAGAUGUCGCUCCGGUCAGCCUCCGGUGGAACCAUCACACUAAAUGACCCCAUUUAUGUAGCAUAAGGGUAAAUGUAAAAAUAAAAUUGGAUAGUUCGCUGUGCAAAAUCAAUCCAAAGAUUUAACUUUUGUAUAGGACUUAAUUUCGCCCCUGAAACCAGUUUAAUUUUCAAUUAACUCUAUCGAAAAUUCAAAUAUGUAAUUACUUUAUAAUCAAUCCUAAUAAUAGGAAUAGUUAAUACUUCUUUUUAUGUAUCAAAAUAUUUCUCUAUUGUUCUGUAUACAUAGGCACAGUGUGCGCAUCGCUACUUACAUUCUUUUAUUAAGGCUGGUUUUAGUGUCACGCGGACCGUCCGGUGCGGACCCGCUCCGCACGGCCAAUCCGCUCCCUAGCAGUACAUACAGAUCGGCUGUGCGGAGCGAUCCGCACUGACAGUCCGCGUGACACUAAAACCAGCCUAAAGCAUUAUUAGUCACGUGACCGAAUUAAAUAUAAAAGUUAGUCAAAGUAAACUUUUUACACUCGAAUUGAAUAUCUUA